GAUAAAUUUUCUAAUAGUAAUAUGUUAUCAAGUGCUAAUGUGGAUUAUGAUGAUUUAAAAUUGGAUUUUGAUAAUGCUAAGUCUUUACCGAAAAGCUUAAUUAGCGCAGAUCGUAUCUUAGAAGACGAAAGUUGGGGGUUAUUAAAAUCUUUAGGAAUCGGAUCUGAUGAUAUGAAUGAAACUGCUAAAACUCCAGAAGCAAAAGUUGCAGAACCGGAAAAUCAAAGAUCAGAAACUUCGGGAAAAGCUGAUUUCAAUGUAUCGAAUGUAUUAGACCAAAGCACAAGAGAUAACCUAUAUAAUCAAUUAACCGACUUCAGUUACCAAGCAAAUCCUAUUGGAUUACCUAAAAAUCAACUCAUCACUCCAAUCAUGACGGUUACUUUAGGUAAUAUCUUAUUCAAUAAACCGAAGAACAACGAAUCUCAACCCAUCCCACCCACGGUAACUCCAACUGAUUUGAACCAAGAAAGUAAUUUCAUCUUCAAUUCAAAUAUCCCUUUGGCCAAUGAUAAAUUAUUAACUUUGCCCUUGUAUAACUACCCUAGUUUGUCAAAGCAAGAUCUUGCUCAUUUCAUCAAUGAAGACCCCCAUAAUUAUUCAGUUCAAUUAAAAUUUGUCCCCACUCCCUUUAUGGAAGAACUCUCCAAUGAUUCUAACAUCAAUAAUGACCUUUCAAAGCAAACAAAGUAUCCUCCAAUUGAGAUUUGGUGUGAAUUAAACCAAAACUCUGUUCCUGAUAUAGAUACAAUGCAAAUCAUGACUGCUGAAGGUGAAAAUAACACCUAUAUUGCUUUGCCUAAUGAAACCUCUGAUUUGAAAGUUUCAUGUCACUUAUCAGGUAACGUUUUACACCAAGAUGAAUGCCCGGAGACUUCUGAAUCAUCGAACGACGAUUUGGAUGAUAUUUUAAAUGAAACUACAAAGAGAAACUCAAGAUUCAAAAAUCAACCCGGAAUCAUUAGAUUCUUAGAAAAAUCAAAAUUAGAUUUCAGUGGCCGAGUUACUAACUCAAUUGAAUCCUAUAUGGAUGUUUCCAUCAACGGUACCAUGGUCAGAUACCAUUACGUCAACGUUGCUUAUAGAAGGAAACUAGAGUUCAACUACAGUAACAACCGGUUGGUUGAAUUCAACAUUGUCGAAGGUGGUGGAUUAGGUGGCCGCAAAGUUGAAGUCAACUUUGUAGGUGACUUCCUGAAUGAUUUAAACAAAGAUGAUUUCAACAACUUGUUGAAUGAUUCAAUCAUGUUCAUUAAAGAAAUGUAAGCAUUCAUAUAUAAAUAGAAUACCCUGUAAAUAUACAUUGCA